AUGCACAUGGCACACACUUACAACAGGAGGUUACGCCCAGGCUAUAUGUUUACUCAGUGUUGCCCUGGAGAAAUUAAAUCGAUAAAGAUGGCUCCUGUAGAAUUUCAAGCUACAGAUAACGAAAAUGAUGGUAGGAGCACAAUCGUGUUCGAUCAAUCGAAAAAUGAAAUGUUCAAACUCAAUGACAACUGGAAAACUGUUCAGAGGAAACUGAGGAAUCAAUGGAAAAUUCAAAUAAAUAAAGAUGACAUAACAUCUGACACAUUUCAAGAUGCUGCAGUAUUUGUUUUACCUAGUCCCAGGGAUAAAUUUACAGAAACUGAAUUCAACGAAAUUAAGAAGUUUCUGGACUCUGGAGGAAGUUUACUUGUAACUCUUGGAGAAGGAGGGGAAAAAAAGUUUGAAACGAAUAUAAACUAUUUGUUAGAAGAAUAUGGGAUUAUGAUAAAUAAUGAUUCCGUUGUGAGGACUCACUAUUAUAAAUAUUUUCAUCCUAAAGAAUGCCUUGUUCCAAACGGUGUUUUAAAUCGUGGAAUUGCAAAAUUUCUUGGAAAAGACGUGAAAAACUUUAGUCAGUGUAUAUCAUUUGUGUAUCCAUAUGGAGCAACUUUGAACACUGCGAAGCCUGCAAUACCAAUUCUUUCAAAUGGAACAAUAUCAUUCCCACUUAACCGUCCAGUAUGUGCAAUAACAAUACAUAAUUCUGCAUCAAAAUCAAAUCCAGGUGGAAAGAUGGCUGUAAUUGGAUCUGGUCACAUAUUUUCUGACAGGUAUCUUGAAAAAGAAGAUAACUUACAAGUUUUAAAUUUGUUAUUGACAUAUCUCACUACCGACAGCCUUGAACUAAAUCCAAUUGAUAUAGAAGAUCCUGAGAUAUCUGAAAAUCGUGGAGGAGGUGGUGACACAAAAAGUUUAUCUGAAAAGAUCCGUGGAUGUCUCAUGGAAACAGCUGAAGAAUUACCUUUCGAUUACACAGUGAUAUUUGAUUCAUCUUCAUUGUACAGUGUAUCUCUCAGUUCUGUUCAUAAAGUUCUGGAAGCUUACAAUCAGCUUGGUGUAAAGCAUGAACCUCUGCGUCUUGUUCCGCCUAGUUUUGAUGCUCCUCUUCCUCCUUUACAAAUUGCUGUCUAUCCACCGCGAUUUGCUGAUGUUGGAAUGCCGCAACUUGAAUUAUUCGAUCUCCAAGAAGAAUUCUAUUCAGAAACUGCUAGGCUUUGCCAAGCUGCAAACAAAGCACUAUUGUACAGGAGUAAAGGAAGCACCCCGGUAGCUAAAGAAGCUGAAAUUGAAGAUGUAGAAUACUUCGUUUCUGAAUGUGCUUUGAUUGUCGGUCUCGGAGCUGGAACAGCUCAUUCUAUGCUAAACAAGAUUGCUAUACAGUUGGCACAGUUCAAAAAAAAUUUAACUGUUAAAUGA